GCGACUCCGGCGCGCUGCAGGUCCGCGUCUCUCCCCCUCUCUGUCUCCGUCUCUCCUCUCCGGUGCUUCGCGCUUCCAGAACCAAACGGCUCGUUAUCUUGUGGUUUCAAGGCUUCCUCUUCAUCCCUCUCUCUUUCUCUCCUCCUCUCCUCUCGGUUCCUCUCAUGCCGCCGUUAAGGCGCUGGAUACGGGGCGAGUUGUGAUCGACCAGGCAGCAGCUCGAUGAAUAUGGCGUGUAUUGGGGACGCAGACCCUUUCACCGCUGCGAUACCUGCCACCAAAGUUGAACUCACGGUUUCUUGUAGAAACCUGCUGGACAGAGACACGUUCUCCAAGUCUGAUCCAAUUUGUGUGCUGUACACUCAAGGAAUAGCCAACAGGGAAUGGAGAGAGUUUGGACGGACAGAAGUCAUAGACAACACCCUCAACCCUGACUUUGUCCGCAAAUUCAUCCUGGACUAUUUCUUUGAGGAGAGGCAGAAUCUACGCUUUGACCUGUAUGAUUUGGACUGCAAGAGCGACAACCUCUCUAAACACGACUUCCUGGGCCAGGCGUUCUGUACGCUGGGUGAGAUCGUCGGCUCCCUGGGAAGCCGCCUGGAAAAACCUUUGAUUGGUAUCCCGGGGAAGAAAUGUGGCACCAUCAUAGUGAGAGCUGAAGAGCUGAGCAACUGCAGGGAGUCAGUGAUGCUUCAGUUUUGUGGGAACAAGCUGGAUAAGAAGGACUUCUUCGGAAAAUCGGAUCCUUUUCUCGUCUUCUACCGCAGCAACGAAGACGGAUCGUAUACCAUCUGCCACAAAACAGAGGUGGUGAAGAACACUCUGGACCCGGUGUGGCAGGCUUUUAAGAUUCCCGUCAGGGCGCUGUGUAACGGAGAUUACGACAGGAGCAUUAAGGUGGAGGUGUACGACUGGGACCGAGAUGGAGGCCACGACUUUAUCGGCGACUUCAGCACCAGCUACAGAGAAAUGUGCAGGAGCCAGUCACAGUUCCACAUCUAUGAGGUGCUAAAUCCAAAGAAAAAAGGAAAGAAGAAGAAAAAGUACCAAAACUCAGGAACGGUCACUCUGCUGUCCUGCCUGGUGGACACUGAGCUCUCCUUCCUGGACUACAUCCGAGGCGGGACUCAGAUUAAUUUCACAGUGGCAAUUGAUUUCACGGCAUCAAAUGGCAACCCGUCCCAGCCCACCUCGCUCCAUUACAUGAGCCCAUAUCAGCUCAACGACUACGCCAUGGCGCUGCGGGCCGUCGGAGAGAUCAUCCAGGACUACGACAGUGACAAGAUGUUUCCUGCACUGGGCUUUGGUGCCAAGCUUCCACCAGACGGACGGGUCUCGCACGAGUUCGCCCUGAAUGGAAAUCCACAGAACCCGUACUGCAACGGCAUUGAGGGGGUGAUGGAGGCCUAUUACCAGAGCCUCAAAUCGGUGCGUCUCUACGGACCCACCCACUUCUCCCCUGUUAUUAACCAUGUGGCCAGGUAUGCUUCAGCGGUGACGGACGGCUCCCAGUACUUCAUCCUGCUCAUCAUCUCUGACGGCGUCAUCACAGACAUGGCGCAGACCAAGGAGUCCAUCGUCAAUGCUGCAUCUUUGCCCAUGUCGAUUAUAAUAGUUGGGGUCGGCCCAGCGGAGUUUGACGAGAUGAUCGAGCUGGACGGGGAUGAGGAGAGGAUCUCGUCCCAAGGACGAUACGCUGAGAGGGACAUUGUUCAGUUCGUUCCUUUCAGAGACUACAUCGACCGGCGUGGAAACCACAUCCUGAGCAUGGCUCGCCUGGCGAAGGAAGUACUGGCAGAGAUCCCGGACCAGUUCCUGUCCUACAUGAGGACCCGAGGGAUCAAACCGGGCCCCCUGCCGCCUCCUUACACCACCUGUCCUCCGCCAGCCGUCCACCCGCUCCUCUGCAGACGGGUAAGCCGAAUCUAAAGGCCGAGGCCUCGCUCCGACGCCGGCCAGCCAACUCUACUGGUCUCUCCUCUCCUCUAUCUGCUUCUUCUUCUUCCUACUCUUCACUGGAAGCUUCUGAGCACACGGCGACAUCGGCCGCUCUCUCAUGUUGCACUUUCGGAAACGUUUGGCCACGAGCCGUGGGUGUGAUGCGGAAAACCCCCGAGUGGGACGCUUUCACUUUUCCGAAGAAGGGACUUUUCCUGUAGUGGAUGAAGGAGGGGGUAUGAAGGGUCAUGGUGGGGGGUAUGACAUCACUACCCUCCACCAGGAAGUGUGAGCGGGACAGUGAUUGGACCACAGGAAGCUGUCAGACUGAAACUGGUCCAAACUGGGAACACUGUUCAUCUGCUCUUUCUAUUUCCACUUCCUCUUUCUCUCACAGUAUCUCAAUAUAUAAAUGUUUACAAGUUUGAGGACGAAGGUGGAGAUGUUUUUUCAGGAGGAAAUUUUUACCACUCAAUGUGAAAACCUUUCAGAUUCCUAUUUUUCGGCUGC